UCUCAACCCACAGUAUUAUAUUCAUAUUUUGAUAGAAUAGCGGUUUCUCCUCUUUGGAUCUCCCUUUCAAAUUACAAUCCAAUCCUAUCCAAUUCAUUUCAAUUCAUUUCAAUUCAAUCCUUCACGUCACAAUCCUUCUCUCUCUUUUCUUCCGCUGUCCCCUUCCCCCUCUCUUUUCUCUAUCAUGUUUUUUUUCUCUUCCCAUUUUUUUCAUUUUUGUCUUUCAGGUCCAACUUCCGCAUAUCAAUUCUAAUACCCCAAAAUCUAGUUUUUCCUUAUCAUUGAUAACCCUUUUGACUUCUCUGGAUUGGGUUUAAUAAAUAUUUCGUUAAUUUUUAUUGGGUCAUUCCCAAGUUUUAAACUUUAUUUUUUGUUGGAAAAUAAUGGUGACGGUGAAUCUGGGAGUGCUUCACUAUGUAUUAGAUCAUGUUUAUGGAGCAUUUAUGCAUAGGACUAAGAUCAGCACUCCAUUUUUCUCAAGAGGAUGGGGUGGUACCAAACUAGAUAUGCUUGAGAAGAUGAUUAACCAAUUAUUCCCUGAUUUGGCUGGUCAAAAUUGGCCUCCUAUUCAGAUUCAACCCGUUUGGAAAACCGUUUGGGAGACUAAAACGGCUUGUUUGAGAGAAGGGGUAUUUAGAACCCCUUGUGAGGAUCAACUUCUUAGUGCAUUGCCACCUGAGAGUCACAUUGCAAGGGUUGCUUUUCUCAUGCCAAAGUCCGUUCCUCCUCACAGAAUGUCCUGUGUUGUUCAUCUUGCAGGAACUGGGGACCAUUCUUUUGAAAGAAGAUUGCGUCUUGGUGGUCCACUGGUGAAGGAAAACAUCGCAACCAUGGUGCUUGAGAGUCCAUUCUAUGGACAAAGACGUCCUGUGCUGCAGCGGGGUGCAAAACUUUUGUGUGUUAGUGAUUUGCUUUUAUUAGGGAGAGCAACCAUCGAAGAGGCACGAAGUCUCUUACACUGGUUAGACUCUGAGGCAGGUUUCGGCAAGAUGGGUGUUUGUGGUCUUAGUAUGGGAGGAGUACAUGCUGCAAUGGUUGGAUCGCUUCACCCUACACCUGUUGCUACAUUCCCUUUUCUCUCACCACAUUCAGCCGUUGUGGCAUUCUGUGAGGGGAUUUUAAAGCACGGCACUGCCUGGGAAGCACUGAGAGAGGACCUUGCAGCUGAGAAGGUUGCAAUGACUCUCGAAGAGGUGAGAGAACGGAUGAGAAACGUGCUGUCACUCACAGAUGUCACGCGCUUUCCAAUUCCCAAAAACCCCAAUGCUGUAAUCCUUGUUGCUGCAACUGAUGAUGGAUACAUUCCAAAACACUCAGUCCUAGAACUACAGAAAGCUUGGCCAGGUUCUGAGGUAAGAUGGGUGACAGGCGGGCACGUCUCAUCUUUCCUUCUCCAUAAUGGCGAGUUUCGAAGGGCCAUUGUUGAUGGCCUUGAUAGAUUACCAUGGAAAGAAUCUCCAUUGUGAUUUAAUUGCAGUUGAUAUUUUAUACUGUUGAUUGAUCCAGUGGUUCAUUCAAGCUUGUAACAUGCAUAGUUGAUCAUAGAACUCGUUCCCCAAAUGAAGAGGGAAGGGGUUGUACAUUAUUUAUCAACAACAUGUUGUACAUUAGAGUUGUUUUUGUAAAACCUGAUAAAGUUGGAUGGCAAUUCAUCUGAUCUCACUUUGAGCUUUAUGAUAUCCAUUAGUACUUGAACUA